GUUCAACGUGGCACGGCUAUCGGCUGCUUGAUAAAGUCGCGUUUCCUGCCCUCUAUCCUUCUUCCGGUACCUGGUUCCGCACUUUGGCUCAGCAGUUCAUCCUGGUACAAUGUCUGCCGCCGACCUCAAGAAUUACACGACUAAGACCGUACACCGCGAUUUCAUUGCAAAACUAUUCGACACCGAUCUUAGGGUGCCUCUUAAGGAUGUGAUAACUUUACCUCGCUGCAACAACAACUUCGUUCACUUCGUGACUUUCGCAUUGCCUGGGGAUGCGAAAACUGUCAUCCCGACCAAGCCAGGAACCAGUGUAAUUCCUCGGGGUACAACAAAAGCUGUUUUUCGGGUGGGCAACCCAGCUGCCAUGUCUAAUCAUGCCGUGAAGGUCGAGAACACAGUCGCCACGAUGCAUCUUGCCCGACAAGCUCUGUCAAGUCUGAAGAUCGUACCCAAGGUCUAUGCUUGGAGCGCUACUGGUGAGCCUUCGGAUCAUGGCUGGAUCCUGGAAGAGUAUAUGCCUGAUAUCGAAGUCGAGUCCAAAUUUCACUCAGAACUCACGCAAGACCAGCAACACCGUACACUUAGCCAAAUGGUUGCCAUAUUAAAGGAGGUCCAAGAUUUUGAGCUGCCUCCAAAAGCAUCUAGCUUCGGAGGACUUGGAUUCGACGCAGAUGGUAAUGUGGUCAACGGGCCGUUUGUGGUGGAGCCUUAUGAUGGCCCGUAUCCUGAUAUGAAGAGCAUGUACGAGGGUAUGCUGGAAGCACAACUUGCGGAAGCCGAUCGAUCUCGCAUCGCCGAAGGAUACCGUGAGAAUGGCCUCCGAGAGACACUCGACGCUUUCGCCGAGCAGGGUCUCGAAAUCAUCCUCUCGCAAAAUCUGCCGGAGACAGUGACGCCAAAUCUGAUCAUUGGCGAUGUGGUUGUGUUGGUAGCUUCGGAUGUAAGCUGAUCCAGGCUUCCAGAGUUGACCGCGUCGAGUUAUGUGAUCUAUAUGGAGAUGAUCACUUUUGAUGAUGAUUGAUGAGAGCGACAUUGCAAAAACGCAUGGACUCUUAGACAAGAGACGCAGCGAGCAGUGAUGAGAUUACGAAUCCUCUGAAGAUGCUAUCGAAGUUAGGAUGUAGGGUCCUGGAGGGGCGAUGAUGUCUGUGUAGGUUCAGGCCUGUGAUUGUCGAGAUCAAGUCCCUUCUCUCAUAACCGCUCUGGUAAAGUAGGGAGGAUAUUGCCCGUUGGUGGGGAAAUCGCCCUGUAGUCGAUAGAAGCGUUUGAGUAGCUCAAAGACCGAAGCUACGACCCUGUUGGCAGACCUAAUCGUGCUUAGAGUAUCUUCGAUGGCAAAAACGUCCCGAUGACCCCAAGUACAAGAUCUGAAGGAGUAGAACAGCAGAUCAAGCGAUUCCAGAUGUGGUGUAUAGAGAUGACAGUCUGAAAGAUAGUCUGCAACGAGU